GAAAAUGUGUGUAGGGAAUGUUUAGAUCCCUUUGACAAACCAGAAUGCGAAGCAUUUGAUAUCUUCGUUAACGAAAUUCUUUGCAUUGGAAAAGAAAAUCGUCUGGUGUUUCGUUAAAGAGAAAACAAUUAACAGAAAUCUAGAGAGGGAAACAGAGAAAUGGAAUGCUUUCCUCUCUACUGUUCAAUUCCUCCGAUUCUUCCACUUCCAAGAACCCUUCUGCUUCCCUACACUCACUCCUUCUCCAACUUCCCUUCCCCAAUAACUCACCCUCGCCGCCGUUCUCCUCGAUUCGCGGCGAAUUCUGGAGAUACAAGCCUCACCAGUUCUUUGGCUUACUCCAUCCUCGGCGUCGACUCCGGCUGCUCAGCCGUCGACCUCAAAGCUGCUUUCCGCACUAAAGUGAAGCAGUACCAUCCUGAUUUGAAUAGAAAUGGUGAAUCAGAUGCAAUGAUCCGCCGAGUAAUCAAAGCAUAUGAGCUGUUAUCUAAUUACAGCCGAUCAGAGAUAAUUGAGAGGGAAUGUUUAGAUCCCUUUGACAAACCAGAAUGCGAAGCAUUUGAUAUCUUCGUUAACGAAAUUCUUUGCAUUGGAAAAGCAUGCCCAUAUUCCUGUGUGGAGAGAGCAUCUCAUGCCUUCACGUAUGCUUCUUCAACUGGGACUGCACGGGCUACUUCUCAAGGACAUGGUGAAGAUUACCAAGUUCAGCAAGCAGUUGGUCAGUGCCCAAGAAGUUGUAUCCAUUAUGUAACACCUUCACAGCGAACCAUUCUGGAGGAAUUACUUGACAGCAUUCUGGCUGUGCCGUAUGAUAAUUCAGCAGAGGCUGAAUUGCUAUAUUCUCUCAUCGUUAAAGCAAAGUUUGAGAACAAUCGGUACCAGAAGCCAAAGAAGCAACCAAAAUCUUCUUCUCAAUGUGUUGACUGGUUUUGAUUUCUGAUUUUCUAGCAUACGGUGCACUCAGACCUAAACCCAAAAUGUAGCUGACAAGACUUCUGUCCGUUAAUGAAGAAAAGAAAAUAUAUCUCUUACCAGAGAGACUGUAUGACGAUGGAGCUGAUUUUCACAUUAGUGAAGCUUCGGAUGAAAUGAAGCUUAACAGAAGACUGUAUGACGAUGGAAUGAAUGUAUCAGAGGCUAGGAUGCUCUGGUUGCAGGAGAAGAAAAGUGCAUUACUCUAAAGAGCCACGGAGAUAUUGGCUUUUAUUUGACAACUAUAUAAAAUGCUACUUUAUUCCUUAAUUAAGGUAUGUAUUUAACAAAUUAUAGGGUGAAGGACUUCAAAAAAAAAAAAAAAAUUGCAUGAGGUGAAAAUACCAAAAAUGAUAAUAAUAGAUAAUAGAUGAAAGUGGUAGAUCAACAGGUUGUAAAUGACAUGUAUUAUAUUCUGCCAACAUUUUAAUUUU